AUGUAAAACAAAAAAUUAAAAUGGAAAUCAGAUUUUGAAAAAUCUGUUAUAAUUGAAAACUUUGUAAAUAGAGGAUGGAUCAAAUCUUAAGAAAAGGAAGAAGAAUAAACAGAUUGGAAUGUCUAUUGGGCAACUGUUUGGAAUGUUCGUAACAUCUUUAAUCCUAAGAAUGGAUUUAGACUUAAUGAUUAAGUAUUCUCAAAUUAAUAUCAAAGUAAAUUAUAAAUCACUUUCCAAAUCAUUAUGAAUUAACACGAAAAGAUUGUAUGGUGAAGAACCUUAAAAGAUUCAAAAGAGAAUAAGAUAAAGAAGUAUUAGAAAUAUUCAAUUUUGACUUUUUACCUACUACUUAUAUUUUCCCUGGAGAAUAUUCAUUAUUUGUAGAAGAAUUUCAUAGAAAUCCAAAUCAAACUUGGAUUGUAAAACCAGCUGCUAGAAGUUAAGGCAAAGGAAUAUUUUUAUUAAGGAAAAUUUAAUAAUUGAAAAAAAUAUCAGGAACAACAGUAACAAGUAAUAUGACUCAAUUAAAUCUUGCUUCAAAAGAAAAUUAUGUAGUAUCUAGAUAUAUUGAUAAUCCAUUAUUAAUUGGAGGAAAGAAAUUUGAUUUAAGAAUGUAUGUAUUAGUUACAAAUUACAAACCAUUAAAAGUUUGGAUUUAUAAUAAAGGAUUUGGUAGAUUCUGUAAUGAAUAAUAUACUACUGAUGUUGCUGAAAUAGAGAAUAUGUUUGUACAUCUUACAAAUGUAGCUAUACAAUAAUACAGUGAUAAGUAUUCUUAAAAACAUGGUGGUAAAUAUUCUAUUGAUGCACUCAAAUUAUAUGUAGAAUCUGCAUAUGGAACUGAUGCAUUAAAUAAAAUGAUGGAUGAUAUUCAUAACAUUAUGUUAACUUCAUUAAAAGUAAUUAUUUAAAUAUAUAUAUAUUUAGUCUGUUUAAGCUGUAAUAUAGAAUGAUAAACAUUGUUUUGAAAUGUAUGGUUAUGAUAUUCUACUUGAUUCAAAUCUUAAACCUUGGCUCAUUGAAAUAAAUGCUAGUCCAUCUUUAACUACUACAACACCUGUUGAUAAAAAUCUAAAAAUGAAUUUGAUCAAUGAUGUUUAUAAUAUAGUACUACCAAAUGAUGAUUUCCCUGAUAAUGAUUAGAAAUGUAUUGAUUUAUUUAUUAAUUCUUAGAAUAAUAACCAACAAAAGUAGGAGGAUUUACACUAUUAUAUGAUGAGAAUCUAGAUCCUAAUAAUAGGAAGACAUAAAAAAGGUAGAGUGUUAAAAUAUGGAAAUGA